AUAGGCAAAAGAAAUCUCUGAAUAUAUACAAUGAUCUUUGGGACGCCUUUUUAGUUGAGACCAGUCAAAUAGGAUUACGUUCAUACAGAUAGGCUCUGAGAUUUAUAGUGUAUUAAACCUGUUUCAAGUGACAGGCACUUAGCCAUUUUAAAUUUAUAGGCCUAUGUUAAGCCUAGUUUAAUGUGUCACAUUUCAUUACUGUAUGUCGAACGAUUUAUGACCCUAAUGGCUCACCAUACACAUUCGAGUUGUGUUUUUGUGGAUGGUUAGGCAGUGUGGUGGAUAAAUUUCUCGGAAAUAAAAGUACACAAAAUAAUCACAACUCAUCUAUAUAUCAAUCAUGUUUGGUUUAAAUGCCAUUUUAUAUACUGAUGCAAAUCAUGGCCAAAAUAUUGCUGUUAGUUUAAAAGACAUGCGUAAUUCAAAAGUUCUCACUGACCUCACACUCAGGGCUCAGAAUAAGGAAAUACAUUGCCAUCGAAACAUACUCGCUGCCAGUAGCCCGUACUUCAUGGCGAUGUUUACCUCCGGCCUACGUGAAAGCUCUAUGACGUCUAUCGAUAUUAACGACAUUGAUGAAAUCGCUUUGGAAAUUAUCAUUGACUUUAUGUAUUCAGGAUGUUUUUCGAUCAAUGAGAGCACAGUACAGGACCUAUUCAUGGCAUGCAAUCUCUUUCAGAUUUCACAGCUUGUUGAAUAUUGUGUGGAAUAUUUAGAACGAUGCAUGAACAUAUCAAAUUGUAUUGGUAUAAUUGAUAUGGCGAAGACAUACUCAUGUGAACAGUUAGAAGAAGUCGCAAGAGAUUACAUAAAUUAUAAUAUUAUGAAAGUGUGUAAAGAAGAGGAAUUUUUAAAUGCAUCCAAGUCACUAAUUUGCGAGAUAAUUUCUAGUGAGAAUUUGAAUGUUGAACAUGAGCAAUUUGCAUUCAAUACACUGGUAGAAUGGAUUAAAUUUGAUGAGAAGUUACGAUCAAAUUAUACAGCCGAUUUACUGGCAUGUAUUUCACUGGGUAAAAUUGAUGAACAAUACCUCCGUGAUGAGUGGAAUAAAAAUACAUUCUUAACAAAAAACUUAGCUCCAUGGAACAUUGAGAAGGGACCAAAAGAGACUCUGAUAAAGCCAGAUCGACUUGGUACAACUAAAAGGGAGCUCUUGCUCUGCGUAGGUCGUAAAAACUGUGAACAAGCAUUAUGUCAAAGUUUUGAGUGCAAUAUCAGCUACAGCAUUGCUCUUCCCGUCAUUUGCCAUGCGAUGGGUGUCCAGUGUGUCGUGACCAACAACAAUGACAUCUACAUUGCUACCGAUGACUACCGUGACAAAAGUUUCUACAAAUACAGUCACAUUCAGGGGAACUGGAUAGAAAUGUCACCUAUGCUUCAUGGCCGUCGCACUCUAAAGUGUGUAAAUGACAAAAUCUUCACUAUAGCUGGUAUGAUGAGUGAAUGGUACAUAAACAGCAUUGAGUGUUAUAACCCACUACGUAAUGAAUGGACAUUCAAAUCAGAAAUACCACACGAUGUUCUUGAUUAUUGCACAGCUGUUUACCGUGAUUCAAUGUACAUAUUUUCUGGUAGUCGGACCAUGUGCUACAACACAACUACCGAUACGUGGACACCCUCACUUGCACCCAUGCCAACACCACGUCUUUGUCCAGGUAUUGUUACUGUAGGGUCGGAGAUUUGGACAAUUGCUGGUGAAUCACCAGGAGAUGGUGUCGUCUAUAGUGCUAAACCAAUGGUUGAAGUAGAGGCUUACAUUCCAGAAUCAAACACAUGGGAGCGUAAACCACCACUAAAUGUAGCUAUAAAAUAUUGCUCUGCCUGUAUGUAUAACUCAAACCUCUAUGUGUGUGGACUGCGUUUGAGCAUGAUCUCGUCACUUAAUUCUCGUUGUAGUAUGUUUGUUUACGAUUCAGUUAAAGAAGAGUGGACAGACCUGGGACUGAUUCCUCUCCUAGAAGUCACUGGCAUGGUUACAGCUAAAAUGUUUGUUAAGAGCUUAAAAACAUGACAUAGAUCAAGUUCACUGAGAAUAUACAGUAGUAAAAUAUUUAUUAGUGGAAAUAUAUUUUUCAGGGCAUGCUGAAUUUAAAUUUAAAAAAAAAAUUGUUUUAACAUUUUCUCAUUACUGCUGUAUUGGUAACCAUGUUUAUGGGUUUGCUAUAAAGCUUGGAAACCUUUUCAUAUUAUUUAUUUGACAUGAUUGUGACAGUAAAGAAUACAUAAUGCUAUAAAAUUAUUGAAAACAAACAUGCCAGGAAGCUGCAUAUGAGAAUAAUUAAUACAAUGGAAAACAAAAUUACUGUAAUUUUGGGAGGCUUUGAAGUCAAAAUGAGCAAUGAAACCCAUGGGAGUUACUGAUAUAUUUAGGUUUCAACAUGUAACUGAAAAUGACCAAGGUACAGGAAAUCCAUAAAUCAUGUGACCCUCCACCACAUGUUAAAUUGAGAUUAGCAAAUAAAUGACACAGUUAAAACAUUUCUUUGGUGAUUAGUAAAAUAUUUAUAAUGAUUGAAGAAGAAUAAAAAUAAACAUUGUACCUUCAUCGCUUGUUUUUAUUAAACAUGCUCCAAUUAUGGAUAACAUUUGAACACAAAUACUAACAGCUUAGUAGGAAAAAAACCUUCAUUUUUCAAUAUCAUGUUCUCUUUAAUCAAGGAAUGAUAAUUAACAUGUACCACUACAGUAAAAAUCUAUAGUAACUUUAUCUACACUAUACUAAUGCCGCAUUCUAAUACACCUGUGAAUGGCGUUCAUCAUGAAGUCAUGAAAAGGUACCAAUACUCAACCAACAGGUGAGGGUGGCUUGACUUUGAAGGGAACAUAUGUUUUUUAGACAUUACAAAUUUGUAAAAAUGUGUUUUACACUUUUAAAACGAUAGGUUGAUUAAAUAUUAUUAAAUGUUUAUAAACUUCAGUGAACAGAAAUGUGUUAGACUGUACAUGUUAUAAAAUUUGCGUAUUUUCAUUUUCAAUGGAAUGCAUUUGAUGACGUGAUUACCAUUAUUCACGUAUUGCGUUUGUGCUGAUCACGGCGGAACUGAAGGGCAGCCUAACUCCAGCUACUUCCUGAAAUAAAUAAGCAAUAGAGGGCAGAACAAGUUUGCAAUCGGCCUACCCUCACUACUUGGCAUUGCUGAACGAUAUACAAAAUAAAAUUGUGUUUAUAUUGAUCAGCAUUCUUCAAUAAAGCCCUGUCCAGACUAUCAAA